AUGCAAUCCAGCCCUAAAUCCAGCCCCAAAACUGCCACAAAUAGCCCCAAAUCCAGCCCUAAAACCAGACAUAAAAGUGCCACAAAUCAGCCUAAAAUUGCCCCAAAUCCAGAUCCAAAAGUGCCCCAAUUCACCCUAAAAAAGCCCCAAAUUCAGCCACAAAUCCAGACCCAAAACAGCCACAAAUCCGGCCCUAAAUCCAGCCCCAAAAACCCUCAAAUCACCCUAAAAAAACCCCCAAAUCAAUCCCCAAAUGUAGAUCUAAAUCCAGCGCAGGUGUCCCCAGGUGUCCCCAGGUGUCCCCAGGUGUGCUCACCUGUCCCCAGGUGUGUCCCAGGUGUCCCCAUUGUCCCGAGGUUUGCUCAGGUGUGUCUCAGCUGUGUCCCCAGGUGUGUCCCAGGUGUCCCCAGGUGUGUUCCCAGCUGUUCCCAGGUGUCUCACCUGUCCCCAGGUGUCCCCAGGUAUCCCCAGGUGUGUCCCCAGGGUGUGCUCAGGUGUGUCCCAGGUGUGCUCACCUGUCCCCAGCUGUCCCCAGGUGUGUCCCAGGUGUCCCCAGGUUGUGUCCCAGGUGUAUCCCAGGUGUGUCUCACCUGUCCCCAGGUGUCCCAGGUGUGUCUCAGGUGUCUCAGGUGUGUCUCAGGUGUGUCCCAGGUGUGUCCCAGGUGUGUCCCCAGGUGUCUCACCUGUCCCCAGGUGUGUCCCAGCUGGUGUCUCAGGUGUGUCUCAGGUGUGUCCCAGGUGUGUCCCAGGUGUGUCCCCAGGUGUCUCACCUGUCCCCAGGUGUGUCCCAGGUGUCUCAGGUGUGUCCCAGGUGUCCCAGGUGUGUCCCCAGGUGUCUCACCUGUCCCCAGGUGUGCUCAGGUGUGUCCCAGAUGUCCCCAGGUGUGCUCAGGUGUGCUCACCUGUCCCCAGGUGUGUCUCAGGUGUGCCCCAGGUGUGUCUCAGGUGUGA